AUGGGGAAGCGCGGAAACAAGAACCAUCGAGGCCGUGGUGGACGAGGAGGUGGAGGCGGUGGUGGAGGACGAGGACCAACUACGAGCUACCCCGAGAUUCCGAAGGAGAAUGAAGCAUUUGAAGGGUACUACAACAAGCUUGGCAUAAUUAGAGAGGACGAGCGCGACCAGUUCUGGACUACCAUGAAGAAAGAGCUGCCCAACAGCUUCCGUUUCACUGGAUCCAAAGGUCAUGCGCUCGCUGUACAGCAGCGUUUGAAAGACCUAUACAUCCCCGAAAUCACCGGUGUCAAGUUCAAUGGCCAGCUCGUCGACCCGCCUACACAAUUACCAUGGUAUCCGGAACAAUUGGCUUGGUCUAUGACUGUCCCGAAGCAGGUCAUUCGCAAGUUUGCUCCUUUCGCAUCGUUCCAGAAGUUCUUGGUCUCGGAGACACAGGUUGGAAAUAUCAGUCGGCAAGAGGUGGUCAGCAUGAUUCCACCGCUUUUAAUGGACAUAAAACCCGGCAUGACGGUAUUGGACCUGUGCGCUGCGCCUGGAAGCAAGUCUGCUCAGCUUGCUGAGAUGGUCCAUGGCGGGGAGGAAGCCCGCGUGCGGAAGGUGCUCCAUAAGCUUGCGCAAGAACAAGGUCGAGAAAUGAGCCCAGACGGUCGAAAGAUCGAGGCCGACAUGUCGCAGGCGGAGAACGAGGACGACUACCAGGACGACGGCAGAUCGACUGGCCUACUCAUUGCCAAUGACGUGGAUAACCGACGCGCGCACAUGCUGGUGCAUCAAGUCAAGAGACUAAAUUCUCCGAACUUGAUUGUCACAAAUCACGACGCUACUAUGUUCCCUUCCAUCGAGAUCGAGUCCGAGCCAGGCAAGCCUAAGAGAUACCUCAAGUUCGACCGGAUUCUGGCAGAUGUUCCAUGCUCCGGAGACGGCACUGCACGCAAGAAUCCCGGUAUCUGGAAGGACUGGACGGCUGGAAACGGAUUGGGUCUUCAUGCAUUGCAAGGACGGAUUCUGGUCCGAGCUCUUCAGAUGCUUAAGAAGGGUGGCCGCGUGGUCUACUCGACUUGCAGUCUCAACCCAAUGGAGAAUGAAGCUGUAGUCGCGAGCGCCAUUGAGCGUUGUGGAGGAGCUGCAAAUGUCCGCAUCGUCGACUGCACAAAGGAGUUACCCGGGCUGAUCCGACGCGAGGGCCUAACAGACUGGAAAGUGAUGGACAAAACCGGCCGUUUCUGGAACGAAUGGAGCGACGUGGAGAAGCAGAAGGAGGAGUUUGGAGAGGAUGGGCUCUCUCGACUGGCCGAGAGCAUGUUUCCACCUAGUGCUGCUAGUCCUGAAGAGCGAAUUCAACUCGAGAGAUGCAUGAGAGUCUAUCCGCAUCUUCAGGAUACUGGUGGAUUCUUCAUUUGUGUCCUCGAGAAGCUUUCUGAAAUCCGGGCUAAGCCAGAGGCAGAGCCGAAGAACCCUCCCGCUCCCGCCGUGAAACAGAAUGGCAGCGCGGCACCGGCAGCUUCAUCGCCUGCAAAGAGGUCUCUAGAAGAGGACGACGACGACCAAGCGUCUACGAAGCGCGUGAAGGUAGGACAAUCUGAAGACCUUGAGCCUCCUGUCGAAGAGCUGGAACCUGCUACUCCGACUACCAAUGUCCCAUCUACCGAUCUUGUUCCAGAUGUCACGAUGACUGAUGCCCCUCCGGAGACCAGCGCUGCGCCGACCGUCGCUAAAGAAGAGACCAAAAGCCCCAGAAUCAAGACAGAAAACGCGUUCAAGAAGCGAUCUAACCAGCCACAGGAGGAACCCUUUAAAUAUCUUGAUCCAGAGCACGAGGAACUCUCAAAGAUUUACGAUUUUUACAGUAUCUCUCCCAGGUUCCCACGAGACAGGUGGAUGGUGCGCAACGCAACUGGCCAGCCCGUAAAGGCGAUCUACUACACAUCAGCUCUUGCGCGCGAGAUCCUGGUUCGGAUGGAAGGAAAGGGCAUGAAGUUUGUGCACUGCGGAGUCAAGAUGUUCAUGAAGCAGGACGCACAGGGGCAGGACACCUGUCGCUGGCGAAUACAGUCGGACGGCCUACUGAUUAUCGAGCCGUGGGUCGGCGAAGAGCGGAUCGUCCGCUUAUACAAGAAAGAAACGCUGAGAAAGCUUCUCAUUGAGAUGUUCCCUCAGGUAGCUAAGGAGGGCUGGAAAGAGUUAGGCGAGAUCGGUGAGAGAGUGCGAGAUAUAGCGAUGGGAUGCUGUGUCCUCAGAGUUGAGACGAGCGAUGACGAUGACGGCUUCAAGGAACGGAUGGUCCUUCCGCUGUGGCGGAGCGUAGCCUCUCUCAACCUCAUGCUUCCGAAGGAGGAGCGAAAGGCCCUCCUCCUCCGUCUCUUCAACGACGACACCCCUCUAAUCGACCACUCCAAAAACCGCUUCAACAAACCCAAAACCGAAGACACUCCAACACCCGCAACUAACCCAGCGGAAGCCGCAGAACCUGAAGACCUGAAAGCAGAACCAGGAGCGGCGGAGGAACUGGAGCCCGUGGCAACGAACGGCGACGCAGCCACCAUUGAUGAGGAUCUGGAUGACGGGGUCGAUGGCGGUGUUGCUUUGCCCUGAUUGCAGCACGGAAAGUACUGCUGUUGAGCAAUGCGAUGUGAUAGAUGAUAUGGGAGGC